AGACGCUAUAAACUUCAACCUGAACACAAGUUUAAUCUGAACACACGAUCAACAAGCUCAAGAAUGAAGACGCUGCUGCUUUCACUGCUCUGUCUGUUUGUGUGGAAUCAGUCCACAGAAGCUUUAACUGAUCAGCAGGUGGUUUUAGGGCAGAGUGUGACUUUAGCCUGCGAGUACAGAUUAAAAGGCGUUAUUUGGUUUGUGAUGAAACUACCAGCUCGUCCAGAGAUGAUACUGAGAACUUUUGGAUCAGAAAAGACUGAAUAUUACGAUGAAAAAUUCCGUGAGAAAUAUUCAGAAGGAGACAGAAGCCGCUUAGUAAUCAAUAAUAUCAAUGUUGAUGAUUUAGGAAUUUAUUACUGUAUAAAACCAGGCUUUGCUCUACAGAUCAGUGACGGUAUCGGACUGCACACCACUGAAAUAUCUGAAGAAGAUGGUGAUCAUAAAAGCCUGUACAUCACUGAAGUCUGAUGUGAACUUCAGUGAGCGUGACAGAGGAAUAACAUCCAUUCAGACCAGCAGCACUGUUGUUCCUCCUCCCAUUCAGUGUCACGGAUCAGUCAGGCCCUUCACUCCACCAAUCACAGCGUUCCAGGUCACCCGAAUACUAAUCACACGCACCUGCACCUAAUCACCACCGCAAUCAAAUCCACUACUUAAGCCAGCACAACUCACACCACGCCGUCCGAUCUCGUUAGUCUCAACAUGGACUCCGACCUCAAGAAAGCAAAAGAUAUCCUUACCGUCCAAAUACUUACCUUGUAGUCCUUACCUGCUGUUCUCUAUCACCCUGUGUUGUACUCUCCUUCCAGAUCCUCCAUCGUGUGUGUGUGUGUGUGUGUGUGUGUGCGCGUGUGCGUGCGUGCGUGCCAGUCAGUCAUUGUGGAUCCCCUCGUCUCGUCUUCAGGCUCUACUGCAAAGAGAAACAAGUCACUCACGGAAAGCCACAUCACGAUUGAAUACUCACCUCUCACAGACCAUUAUUCAGUUCAAUAAACCCACAUUUGUUAUCACUCAUCCCUGUGUCCGGAUCCAUCCGUAACAUUCAGAUCCUGAAUAUCUAUAAGUUCAGCCAAACUCUGUAUAUAAAACAUACUGAGAAAUUGUGUUGAUUUAUUGCUGUUUGCUUCAAAUGAUCCGAAUUGUGUGCUGCUUGAACAUGUAAUUAAAUUAUAAUGAGAUAAUGAGAUGAAGACUUUAAAACAUGAUUUGCUUUUGUCUGUUCAUAAAAAAAAAAAAAAAAUACAAAAAAAAAUCUGUAUUGUUAGCUUCAGUCCUAUAAAAAGGUGAAAAUUAUGAUAAAAGUGACAUUUGUUUUCAUUAAAUUGCUAUGAGGGACACACAAGCAGUAGGUAGAUGUUUGUUUUAUAAGUUCUGUGUAAAAUCCUUUUUAAACAAAUCCCAUUUUGUCCAUUACAGGGUUGAGAAAAAAAGUUGUCUAACUUGGGGGAGAGUAUAUAUGAGUGUGUGUGUGUUUGUGUACGUACAAAGUGAGCUAAACCUGAAGAAAACUCAUUUUGGUGACAUCCACGAUCACCCUAAAAAAAUUGUA